AUGCUUUUUGGAUUGGUGACAAGUAAGUAAACACAUUAUUUUGAUCCCAAAACAAAUGAUAGACAUGAUGAUCUCGCAUUUGAUCUUGCAAAAUACAAUAACGCUAAAAUAAUUGUCGCUUACCCUUUCUUAUUAAAUUAAAUUAAAUAGAAGAUAGGUGAGUAACUAUAGAUUCAACUUUUCAAUUUAAGUGAUAUACUUUAAGCUAGAAAUGAAAACUAUUUGCUAAGAAUGAUAAGCGAUAAGAAAAAAUUUAGUUAGAAAGAGAAUUAGAUAAUCAAAUUGCGAAGGUUUAUUUCAAAAACAAAUGAAGGUGUAGAAAUUAUAUCAAAUAAAGAGUUUGAAUGA